GCUACAAAAGCCACUGGAGAUCUGAGGGAAUCCCAGCAUCACUCUCCAGGCAGUCGCAGUGAUGAAGGUCCUGGCCCUCACCCUCCUCUGCCUCCUCAUUGCAGUGAAUGAAGCCAAAGUGCUUGAGAAAUGUGAACUGGCUCGAACUUUGAAACAGAAGGGGAUGGAUGGAUACCAUGGUAUUAGCCUGGCCAACUGGGUCUGCAUGGCAUAUCAGGAAAGCAGAUACAACACCGCAGCCGUGGGGCCACCCAACUCAGAUGGCAGCCGUGACUAUGGGAUUUUUCAGAUAAACAGCCGCUGGUGGUGUGACAAUGGAAGGCGCCCAACAGCCAAUGGCUGCAAAUCCCGCUGCUCCGAUUUCACAGAUGACGACAUCACAGAUGAUAUCAAGUGUGCUAAGAGAAUUGUCCAAGAUGUCCAAGGGAUGAAUGCCUGGGCUGCUUGGCGGAACAACUGCAAAGGAAAAGACCUCUCGCAGUGGACUCAAGGCUGCAAGCUCUGAGUUCCAUGACUCUGAAUGAGACCCAGCCUUUCUCUUGAUUUCCCCUUUGAUGAACCAGAUUCCUCUCCCUCUACAUUCAAAACUGAGCUUCUUCUUUCUAUGCAAGCCUUUGUGCCGCAGAAGAGAAUGAAUGAGGGGGGAAAUGUAUGUGGGGCUGGGCUGUGAUUUUGCUUGAGAUUGUAGGCUUCUCUGCUCGAAAAUCUUCAAUAAACUAAGCAUCAUAAAAA